AUGCAUAAACUUAAAGCCAGAAGUCUUUCUACUGUUCGAUUUGUAUCAAUUACAUUUGAAAAUUGUAAGCUUCAAGUUGCUGAUCAUUUAGAUCUUAACUUCUUAAGUUGCAAAUUGAUACUUUCAAAUAUCAAAACGUCACGAUGUUGUAGUGGAAUGGAAAUGUUGAUUGCGACAUUCAGAUAA